CUCUUCCAAGAAUGGCAUAUCAGUGAUUAUGGUAUUUUAUACACGUCCGCGAGAAUAUAGCAUUAGUCUAGUUGGCGUCGUGCCGGCUAACGUCUCUCGUAUUGCAGUGUCCUUCUGUCAGCAGCAGCAGUACAGAUUCACUUGUUGUGCUUAACGGACACGUUAUAAAUGAAUGUGCUGCAAGUGUUAAAAAAGCUGAAGUUUAACAAUUUUCAUGGACUAUUUCUACUGAUUAUUUCUUUAUCAUCACCGAUGAUUCUUCAAUCGAUUCGUAUUCUGCGAUUCAUGGACUCGAUGAAGAAACAAAUCUAAUCAUAGUUAUAGUAUUUCCAAGUGGUUUUGAACUUAAAGUGAGCUUGGUCUUGGUUAACGAUGUCGAACGAGCCGGAAGUGGUAGUCGAGUGUGUGAAAACCUCUACGGACACGAUAAUCCAUGGCUUGGGCGCUUUAACGUUUUGGGGAGCGCAAACGUACAUGUACGUCAACAUUGUGCAUUUCUUCGCCUGCAUUGCUGUGGUCAUUAUUUAUUGUGUACUCCCAGUGACUCAAAAAAAUCUCUACAAUCGUGUAGUGCUUCGUCAUAAUGUGUCGCUACUGAUAGUGGGAGGCAUUCUUACCCUAUUGGGCUUUUGUCACUUGAUAAAUGACUGUUCUCUUAACGAAGUAUUUGUUCGACUUCUUUGGCUGAACUUGCAGUACUUCACAAACGCUACAGUGUUUUGGUUGAACGUUGUGUGCUUCGAUAUGACACUGGUAAUAACUCGGUUUUGCUGGAUUCCGGGUAAUGGUUAUCGGGACGACGACGAUAGAAAGCUCACCGUCUAUAGUAUACUGGCCUGGGGUGGAGCUUUGGUACCGACACUUAUGGCCGCUAUUUUUGAGUUCGUGCCACAAGUACCAAGUGAUUUUCCACUUAAGGCUAAUUUCACGGAAGCCGCACACGGCCCCAGGCCAAUUGUCAACAUGUACUUUUUUUUGCUACCAGCCUGCACUCUACUCUGCAAUAAUCUACUCUUCGUGUUGACGACCUGCAACAUCAUCAGAGUUCAACGGAGCACGCAGCUCGCCGUAGAGAAUCAAGAGAACCUGCUACGAAAGAAGUACUUUCUCUUUUUAAGGUUGUAUCUUUUCAUGGGCGCUCCCUGGUUCUUCGGCAUGGUUCUGGCUUGUCUCAAUGAACUCGUUGUGCUCAAGGUCUGCAGGACAUUGCAACCAGUACUCUGGCUCAUCAUGCUUGCCUCGCGUCGAAAGUUGCAGCUGACGAGGAGAUUUGGCCGGAAGAAAAGCAACGAGUGCAACGCCGAGGGUUUGAAAGAAGUUGUACAUUUCAGAUCCAAGGAUAACUUGGUACAAGCAGAGGCAGAAGUAGCCAGAUUUUAGCGUGGACAAAGGAUAAAAAAGCUGUGUCAUCGGAAUGGGCUUUAUUCGCGUGAAUCGGAGUUCAUUCUGCUUCGUUUAUAGUAAGAAGUCAUUGACCUUGAGAGACAAGACUUGCAUUGGAAUUUAUUUUUAAUGCAAACACCUGAACAUAUUUAUACCAAAAAUUAAUUAUGUAAGCCUAUCGUAAAAAAUUAAACAAAAUUGUAUCGCUUGAAUCGAGUUUUAACCAAACAAUUCUUGUGAAAAAGUCUAUGAAUGUCUAAUUUUUAUUUUUAAUUUUGUUCAUCCAAAGCUCAUUAAUAAGCAAUGACGCAUGCAAGGGAUUACCCGUCAGAAUAGUUUAUGGUACUAACUAGCUGAGAUAUUUAAGGUGAUAAUUGUAGCAAUGAGAAUUUUCGAUGAGUAAAAUUUCCAUCGUGGUACUGUGAAGACUAUGUUAUAGUAAAUAAGCACUAGAAAGCUUGUUUCAACUUAGGGAAAACUGAAACUCCCGCGUAAAUAUCCAAUGAUUUAGUCAUAUGAAAUUAUUUAACCUUACUUAACUGGUAAUGCAUGAACAGCUUCUAAUCGCGACUAUACGCUUCAUUUAUGUGCAAAUUCGUUUACAUAAAUUCAAAUAUGCCAGUGUCCUUUCUUUGACUGAGUUUCAGACAAGUCUUAUUUAUUUAUCCAUGCAUAUAAUUGACGAGUAAAGAUGCUAUUUGACUGCAGGAAUAUCUUUAUUAAUUACAAGUCUAAUCUUAAGUUAAUAUGAAAUAUUGUGAUAAGAGCGAGGAUAAGUGUGCAUUUGUAUAGAAACUUUUAAAAUAAAAACACGUUGAUAUGAAAGAUAACCUUCUAAAACUUAUACAAUUUACCAUGAUGUUACAUUUUUUCAGUCCAGUACCAAUUAUUCUAUAUACAAUGUUCAGUUCAGUAAAAUUGUAACUGAUUCAAAUUAAAAUUUAUUUAUUUUCUUAAUAUUAGGCGACCAAUUCUAAAUACGCACUACCUAUUUUAUUUUUUGACACGUUUAGCCACAAUAACUGCGCAAGUUCCCAGUACGUGUAAUUAUUCGUUAAUAGUACGGUGUAUUGAUAAUUCCUAGAUUCUGAUGCAAUUGAUGUAGAAACUUGUGUAAAAAGUUGGUCUUCAUCAGCAUUACUUACUAGUAGAAGAAUCCGUGUAUAAUACUACAUUUAUAAACGUACGUUAUUCAAGGAUUACAAGGAAUGUUCUGAUUAUUUUUGCGCAUCAGUAUUAUAUUACAAACAAGACAGAAAGAAAGACGUAGAUAUCAUUUGAAACGCAAUCAUUUCAAAUUCUUUAUAAAUGAGUUCAUAUUUAUUGCAUAUAAACAUUUAAAUCGCAAUUCAUUAUAUGAUUGUGUAUGCAUGUACCUUAUUCACACAGAUAGUCGACAUAAAAAAAUUGCGGAUCAGGAUGUUGUGUCGAGACAUUCUUUUUACAAGAGAACCUCGCGGAGGCACACGCGUCACUGUAUCACUGGCGUAACUGCUUCAUCAAAAUUUUACGAGCGGACACGCCACUCUGACGAUCGCGCGGGAAAUUCGAGCCGUUUUAUCGCGCGCAUAUUUCGCAGUUUUUUACAGGCUGCGAAAAUCUCACCCUGACUUUUUGGCCGUGUUGGCAUACAUCGCCCGCGUAGCUAAUCCUACGUGCAUUUCAUUAUCCAUAUUUAUUAGUGCAUCCCGAUUGGUCGUUAGGUGAUGGAUCGCCCCGACGUCACUGGCUAGUGUCCAAUCAAUCAACGGAUAAGCCAAUUAAUCUGAUUACGCGAACCGCGGCCUGCAAACAACUAUCUCUGGAUUAUAGAUUCUGAUUUGAUCGGCAAACUUUUCACUCUUGGCAACUUGCCCUUUCUCUCCAUAAAAUGAUUGGUCACUGCAUGACCUAUUGCAGUUCAGCGUCAAUCAAGUCUUUUAUGAAUUCAUAGAUAAAUUUAAGAUUAGUAUUUUAUAUUAUAUUAAUCUAGUAAAAAUAUAGAAAUAACUUUUUUUAAUUUUAAAAAAGACAAAAAGAAACGUCCACAAAAUGAAUUUUGCAUUUUAUUUGCAAGUGUGUUUGACAAAAGGUUAAAUUUGAUUAGGAACUUAAAUAAAAAUCGAAAUUACCACUUAUUAGAAUAAUAAUUAUUAAAAAUCAUUGGUUUUAUAUCAAUUUCGAAGUAAUUGAAUAUGUGAUCAGUUCAAAUAUCUAAAUUUGAGGACGAUGACAUUGGUGCUUUGAAGAUAAGCGGAUAAUUAUAAUCUUAUGAUCCAUUAAGUAUUAUCAAAUAAGAAAAAGAGCGAGAAGGAAGUGACCUUGAUGCAGCUAUGUAUCUACAUUGUACACCCGCCGUUUAUAAUUACGGAUACUUAUAUUCUCCUCAGCGAGAGACUACCUUAAUAGUCACAAGUUGAGACUAGAGCCAUAUGCAUUGCAGAUAGCCAGUCUCGGUUUGUGACCAUCUCGAUUAUCUGCUCCGGAUCAGGAUAUAUUAAAGGUGAUAUAAAUAAAUAAAAAUGUGUCUUUCAUGGGAGAAAUUUUUGUUCACUAACAUACAUACUAAAAUAGAGUAAGAGUAGAAAGUGACUGUAGAGAUUUAGGUUGUCAAAAAUUGAUCGGUUUGACCAAACUAACUUUCUCAUCAGGACACGCAAGAAAAUUGACCAUUUAGAAUUUGUCGGUUAUCGGCAUAACAUCAGUAUCGGUAUGAUGUUAUUUUUACUAUUGUAAUCGUACAUUUUAAUGAGGAGAACAACGCAAAAAUAUACCUAUGAAUGCAUGCAAUAUACGCGUUAUGACAUAUCGUUACUUUAAUAAUCAUAAAUCAGUAUCUCUCUAGGAAACGUGUAAGCCUAUCGUUUUUUUGUCCAUGUUUGGACAGCGAUUUGUGCUAUUUUUAAAUUGUACAAGGUUUUAGAAUAAACUAUUUACAGCUUAAAUAACGUAUUUUAUAAGUUAGUUAUGUUAUAAAUAGGCAAACAUCAGUAGCUUAAAAUAUAACACACUUUGCACCGUCGUGAAAUCAGAUAAUUAAACAAACAUGUAUUAGGUUAGAUUUCGGAGUUAUAGAAGAUACAGAUAUAUAGGUAGUAAGAUAAGAUAAAGAUAUAGAUAUAGAAGUAUACGACUCAAGUGCAGUGCCAGAUGCAAAUGAUUAAGGCUCAUGCAAGGUUCAUAUAAUAAUAAAUAUAUUGAAACAUUUUAGCGGCUUUUAUUUUAUCAGUUUAAUUGGUAAGAUAGUUGCAUUAAAAAUAGAGCAUUCGUGCAUUUCUGAAACUACUUUUUUACAAAAUUAACUAUGAUCAUCGUAUAAUUUAUUAAAUAUGAUAAUUUGUCUGAAGGAACGAAGUUAUAUUGUUCAGAUGAAACUUGGCUUUUUCUUUAUGAGAAAUGGAAAGUCUUCACUUAACAAAUCUACUAUUGGCUAAAGAGUAUAGUUUUCCCAAAAAAGGAACACUUUUUCGGAAAAAUGGUAAGUAGAAGAGUAUCACUAAUAAUAUGAGAGACGAUUUUUAAAAAGUGAUCCAUUAAUGAUGUCGCUGAGGAUUUUAUUAAAUACGGUCAACAUUUUCGUACUUAUUAUAAGAAGUACAAGAAGUGUAUGCGAAUAAAUAAAAUUGAUUCAUUAGUUUGCGAAUUUCUUUGCAUGCACAAAUAUAUCAGGUAUUUUAUUCUUAGCUAAAAUAAAUAAAAACGAAAAUUCCUUACAACUGUUUUACAACUUAAAUAUUUAGGGGCUUUCAGUUUGCUAACGUUCUUACCUCUUCUGUUACAAUUUUAAGUUGAGUUUUCUUAUGUUUUAGCUGCUCGCCUCUUGGAAAGUUUGAUUUCUAACAAAGAAGAUGACGGGAACAACAAGCCGUUUAAACAUUCAAAUUUAAAUGAAAAGGUGCUAUUGAAGAAAAAUGUGGCCGACGUGGAAAGCCUCUUCGUUUAGAUUUGCAUGUUCAACGACUUAUAGAGAAUAAAACUCGAAGAGGAAAUUCUGAAUCUAUAACAGAAUUAGUCUUAGUUAGAAAUUUUUGUCGUUAUCUUAUGAGGAAUAAACGUGCCUCGAGUGAUGUUCAUUUGUUUUUAGAAGAAAGACUGGCUCAUAUUAAUUAUAAAUUGGAGAAAGUGAUUUAGUUUUUGCAGUAUUAUAAUGCGUUAGCUUGCACUAAAUUAAUAUAAAACGCAUUUGUUUUUUUUUUGUGGGAUAUAUUGGUCUACAAGUAGGAUAUUAUUUAUUUAUUUAUCGUCAGUUUUUUUUUUUGUAGCAAAAUCAAUUUUGAAUUAUUUAAUUCGAUUCAUUUUUGUAUAUUAUACGCUUGAAUAUCAGUUAGGAAUUGACCUAGGAGUUGCCUUGAUAAGUUUCUGCUGCUCCGUAAUUUUAAUAAAAAAAAAAUAGUUGUGCAAUAGGAUGCCAAUAGAUUAAAUAAAAUUUAUUU